AUGUCUCUAAGCAAUCUAAGCAAGCUCCAAAUCCUCGAUAUCUUAUCGGUAAAUUCGAGCUUCAUCCAAGUGUUCGUCUUAGUCGUGUGCUUGAUUGAAUUCCUCGUUUUUUUCGACAAGAAGAAGUUCGCCGGAUUUUUCUUGGGGUUCUAUUCUCUGCUUCUCACCCCAGUUCAAGAUUCCGUUUUAUCGAGUCGAGGAGGAAAGACAAACCCCGUGCAGGAAGAGAAAUGCCACGUCAGCAGGGGAGAUUUGUCGGUUGUCUUGACGAGCUUACGUCUUUCUUGCGAGGAUAUUCCGGCCAGGCUGGACGUGGACGGCAUUUUCGAGAUGUUUGAGGGCAAAAGCGUCUUUUCGGGUGAGGUAAAGGAGGCUUUCGAUGUGUUUGAUGAGAAUGGAGAUGGGUUUAUUGAUGCAGGGGAGUUGGGGAAGGUUUUGUGUGCUUUGGGGUUUGGGGAGGGAUUGGAUGUGGAGAGGUGUAGGAGAAUGAUUGGCGCCUUUGAUGAGAAUGGAGAUGGGAUGAUAGAUUUUGGUGAAUUUGUGAAACUCAUGGGAUAG